AUGGAUUAAUAAAAGGAUAAUUUGUAAUAAAAGUUAAGCUAAAUCAAACAAAGGGUAGCUAAAUAAAACGAAAAUAAUGAUGCUUAUUAACCUGCUUAAACAGUUAGUAUGGAUUUCACAACUUUUAUUUUUAAAUGCAUUUAAUAAAAGUUGGAUCCUUAAGAAUUUUUCAAGAUUAUAAGCGGUUGCUAUAGUAUAUUAAAAUGGGUAUUAAUAGAAAAGAAGGCAAUAAGAUAUAAAGCAGAAAUAAGUUAUUAUACAAUAGUAGUAAAUUAUAUAGCUUCAUUAAAAAUUAGAGUAUCUCCUUAUAUGAACAGUGAAACCCAAAUAAUCUUUGAAGCAGAUGAUACUGAGACUGAUUAAGCAGCAAUCGCCAAAAUCUGUUUACAUCUUUUUGAAUCUUAUUUAGAAUUUUACCUUGAGAAUAAAAAAGAACUUACAAAGAUGACUUUUGAUACCUUCUAUUAAAAGAUGGAGAAAUAUAAGAAAGAUUAAAAUGUGGUAUAAGAAGCUUUGAAAAAAGAAUAAAAGUAAUUAACAUAAGAAGAUGUUGACUUGUAUAUGAAGAAUGAAGAAAUAAAUGAUAGCAUUAGAGCAAAUGUUAAAUUAAGAUAGCAAGCAGGUUAGGCAAUAAAAAGAUUUUAUAUUUCUAAAAUAAAAAACGAGGAUUUGGAUAUAUAAAAAAUAUAAAAGGUUAAAGAAUAGAUUCAUAACGAUUUGUUAGAAUAUCGUCAAAAGAAAAAACAAUAAUUAUAAUAAUAAGAAUAGACUAAAGAUAAAACAAAUAAUAAAUCUAUCUAUCAAGUAUUAGAGGUGGUUGCUUCAGUAAUAAUUUAUACAAUUAUUCUGUAUCUUAUAUUUGUUUAUGUAAUUAAACCCUUUUUUUCGUGA